AUGAGAAUCAAGAAGAAACCUCCGUUUCAGAGAGAGCUCUCCAUCCUAAAGGAAUUGAAGAACGCUAACGCCAUGCGCUGUCCCCGCCUUGUCGACAGCGGUAGAAUAUGUGAAAGAUCUUUCAUAGUGAUGACUUUACUGGACAGAAAUUUGGAAAAACUCAAGGAGAAUUUGAGGGGUUUCUUCCGGCCCACAUCUGUCUAUCACUUGGCUGCGGAGGCUCUUUCAGCAAUAGAGGACGUCCAUGUGCUCGGCUAUGUUCACCGAGAUAUAAAACCGACCAAUUUUUGCGUUGGUCUCCAGAUGGCUGCCGUUCGAGUGUUUCUAAUCGAUUUCGGAGAAGCUGUCAAAACCGGCAAAAAUAUAAAGUUUGCAACGCCAGACGCGUACACGCUUCCAUACAUGGCAAUUGACGCGCACAAGCGGGCACCAGCCAAACCAAAAAUGGAUUUGGAAGCGUGGUUUUACACAUUUUCAGAAAUGCUUUAUCCACAGCUCUUGACAUGGAAGCAGAGUUACAAUGAGGCAGAGAUUCUGGCGGCAAAGACGAAGUUUUGGAGCGACUUGUCCGUAUCUCUCACCGCCUGUGCUCCACAAAUUAUAGAAGCUGCGAAGAUCAUCAGCGCAAUAACUGAUAGGAUUGAUUACAAUGGAUUGAGAAAGCUCAUGGAUGACGCGAGGAAUUCUCUUCUGAAGGGAGCCCCACUCACUCUGGAAUGGGUGAAAGAGAUGCCCAAAGUGAUGCCAAAACGAGGAGAGCCUAUCGCGGUACAACAUGACCUGGCCGAUGACAUGAAGUCAGCCCGCGAGUUGAAGUCAACCCGCGAGUCAAGGUCAACACGCCAGUUGAAGUCAACCAGUGACACGAGGUCAACACGGGAGGCGAAGUCAACGCGCAGCGUGAGGCAAAAGAAGGGCACGGCGCAGCAGCAGCCGCAGCCUGGUCACGAAAAAGUGUCGUAUGUGGACGAACUGAGGAAAUCUCUGACCACAAGUCUCAUCCAGAGAUUUCGUUUUCGUCCAAAGAAGAAGAAAUUGGCUGCGAUGAUAGCCAGCUCUGACACCGGUAGCGCCGAGAGCGGAAGCACUGAACCAGUUGCUAGUGACACUGUUUCUGUUGAGCCUGACAUGAAAAUGGGUGACAAGGCACAGCCCACUCCAGAGAAAAAAGGCAAGGAUGAAGCUAAGGAGUCACUUUUCCGGAAAAGGAUAAUAAGAAUUGGGUUGUCCAAAAAGCCACCUCCCAUUGCUUCUACGGAAUCGGCAACGACGGACAAAUCUCCAGAACCAUCUAAGGCUACCGAGCAAGCAGCUGCUCAACCGGCAGCACCUUCGGCAAACGGUGCAUCAAGUGCUGCUACGACCUCUGCAGGCUCCGCUGAGCAAUCUCAAGCACAGACCGAAGGCAGUACUGGAUCGACUCAACCGAGUCCUAGUAAAGAUCAGGAAGGAACUCUGUUUCAACGACUCAGCAUGCGUGUAUUGAAAAAGAAGAAAGGUGCCAGUAAACCAGCCGAGGAGAAAACCAUCCAAACUGUUGAGGAAAAAGGUCCACCAUCUGCAGAAACCAUACCAUCAAAACCUUCGGAACCAUCAACAGUGCCACAGGUUGAACAGAAAGCGGAAGAAAAGAAAGCAGACACAACACCGCAAACAGGUGAAGAGGCUAAAGCCGACAAACGAUUACAGCUCCUCGGAAAACUCAAACGUUAUAAGAAGAAGGCGACCACCGGCGCAGAGGCCUCGCCGUCGGCGCCGACAUGCGAAGCACCAGCACCGCCGCAACCACAAACUGACAGCACUCCCGCUACUUCAACCACGGCACCUUCAGACGUGGAAGAAAGAUCUAUAAGGAAGCUGCUCCGACGUUUCCUUCCGAAAAAGAAGAAGGAUACUGCAGGGACGGAGCAGAAAGCAGCUGAACAGGGAGCUUCUGCAGGAGAACAAGGCGCGAAAAAGGUUGAAGGGCAAAAUGAGCCGGCACCCGAUCAAAAAGAGACUGGCAAAGCAAAGGAGGGAACCGCGGCUGAACCUAGCGAGGCGAAAACGAAAGAAGUGGAUGCGAAAACUGUCGAAAGCGCUGACAAAAAGGGUCCGUCAGACGUAGAAGAAAAAUCUGUAAGGAAACUGCUCAGACGUAUGCUUUCAAGAAAGAAAACGGUGACUGUAGGAUCGGAGCAGAAGGGAUCUGACCGUGGAACUUCUGCGGGAGAGCAAAAGGAUUCAACCGCUCCAGCUGGUGAUCAAAAGGAAACUGUCAAAGCGAAGGAAAAAACUGUGGCUGACUCUAGCGAAGCGAAGACGAAAGAAAUUGAUGCAAAAGCUACUGAGGGUGAUGAGAAGAAGGGCACGAGUACCAGCGAGAAAGGCGCAAGUGCAGACAAAAAGGGUAAGGAUGGUUCACUCCCGAAAACCACCGAGGCCAAGGAAUCUUCUUCAACUGAACCGAAGACCGAAGAAGCCGCCUCAACUGAGAAAAAGAAUAAAGAAGAAGCUGCCGUUUCAACUCCUCCCCCGGAGAAAAAGAGUGGAGAAACUGCUGCGAAAAAGGAAGAGCCAAAACCUCCAGAGCAACCUGUCAUUCCAAUGAAGUCCAAGAUUAGGGCGUUGUGGAUGAGGUUCAGAGGGAAAGAAUGA